UUUCUUCCCUCUGCACUACACUAUUCUUCUUUCACAUCCUCUUCCUCUUCUUCUCUCUUCUUCUCUAACCUCGCUUUUUUUCCAAUUGCUUGCUAAAAUUACUCAGGAAUUUCUCUGAAAAAUUAAAGAUAAUUAUGUCAGGUGACAGGCCUAGAGAUUCCGCUGAAGGGUCCUCGCGAUCCGGUGGUGAUCAUCAUCAUCAGCAGCAGCAGCAGCAGCAGCAGCAGAUUCCUCAACCGGCUCCGUUGAGCAGGUACGAGUCACAGAAACGGCGAGAUUGGAACACUUUUGGACAGUACUUAAAGAAUCAGAGACCACCAGUUUCACUAUCACAGUGUAACUGCAACCAUGUCCUUGAAUUCCUUAGGUAUCUUGAUCAGUUUGGGAAGACUAAGGUUCAUCUACAUGGGUGUGUGUUUUUUGGACAACCAGACCCUCCUGCUCCUUGCACUUGCCCUCUAAGGCAAGCUUGGGGAAGCCUUGACGCUCUAAUCGGACGGCUGCGAGCUGCUUAUGAAGAACAUGGAGGAUCACAAGAGACAAAUCCUUUUGGAAAUGGGGCUAUUCGUGUAUAUUUACGAGAAGUGAGGGAGUGUCAAGCUAAGGCAAGAGGGAUUCCAUAUAAGAAGAAAAAGAAGAAGAAGAUUCAAAUCAAGCCAAGAGAGGAUGCAAAGCCCUCGAUGCAGCAGCCAGCUUAAUGAUCAACUCCUUCCGCUUCUGCAGAUGAAUGGGUCGCAAAGAAUAGGUCGGCUGGACGAAGAUGCUGGUUAUAGAAAUGGGAAAUGAUUCUCUAUCCUCUCAGUGAGUAUUAGUUCUCCCAUGGCAGUAGCAGAUAUCCAUAUAUUUGUAUGUAUACAUAUUAUCAAAGUGCAGAGUGAGCUACUUCUGAAAUAAUAUUGUGGUAAGUUGAAAAUGGUCUGAAAAGGAUUUAUAGAUUACAGGAAUUUCAUUACCAAGCACUUUGUAGUUUGUAAUGGCCUUAUUAAUUACGCACUAGACAUAUACGAUGAUGUUAGAAUCCUUUAAAAAGCAUGAAAUUCCUCGAUUUCUUCUA